AUGCAGAACAUGCCCCCUAAUAAUGUAAACUGGGCUCCGCCCCCUGGAAUGCCGCCACUGCCAGCCGGCUGGGUUGCAGAAUGGGAUAACAACUACAACGCAUGGUAUUUUGCAAACAUCCAAACAGGAGCCUCGCAAUGGCAAUUCCCUGGGACAACCCCUGUUUUAUCCCCUCAUGAGUCCCCAAACCCGUCGCAAUAUGACCAGGAUGCCGAGCUUGCCGCGAGGUUGCAGGCUGAGGAAAACUCCCAUACACCAAGCGGCAAUCACAGCCAAAGCCAUAGCCAAAGCCAUUCGCUGGAAAGCGACGCGGCCCUAGCCUUGAGACUACAAAAUGAAUCAGAAAACAACGAUUUUGCUUUGGCAGGCCGACCCCAGAACCAAUCACUGGAGAGCGACGCAGCGCUGGCCGCCAGCCUGCAAAACGGGACCUAUGAAAGCGACGCAGCAUUAGCAGCCAGGCUGCAGAACGGCACGAUGGAGAGCGACGCUGCUCUGGCAGCUAGGCUGCAAGGCGGGACAACGGAUAGCGAUGCUGCUAUGGCGGCCAGGUUACAAGCCGAGGAGGACGCACGGAACAGCUCAAGACCAUCCGGUCGUCAUGGCGGUCGCGAAUCACGAUCAGAGUAUCACGGUUAUUACGGUCCAGACGAUGAAAUCCCUCCCGAGCUUCCAACUCGCCCGCAGUCUGGUGGUGGGAACGUGCUCAACAAGCUCACCAACAAGCUCAAUUCUCACGCAUCUGCCGGCGGCCAGCCUAACAAGUACCCGGCGCCUUCAGGCCCUCCUCCUAAGAAGAUGAGGUGGGGGAACGCGGAGGGACAUCUCGGUGCGAUAAGUGGGAUGGUGAAGGACCGGUUGAAAAAUAAGAACAAAGAAGGGCGUCACGACUGA